GUAUCCCACAAUCCUCUGGACUCAGCCGCCAUGUGGGCCGAUGCGCACGGGUGGGGGUGGGCGGUGUGGAGCCUAAACGAGCGGCUUAUCAGCGGGAGUCCGCUCUCCGGUAGCCCCGCGUCCGGUAGUCCUCUGUCCGGUUGUCCUUUCCGAUAAGGGAGAUAAGUAGGGCUCAGCGGAAGGAGAAAACAAAAAGGAGACGGGAGGGAAGGACGCAAGGAAAGAAAGAAAGAAAGAAGGAAGGAUAGGCGAGCGUUUUAAUACCAAAUCGGGACACAUGUUGAGCUAACGCCCCCCCCCCUCCUCCUCCUCCUCCUCCUCUUCCUCCCCCUCCUCCUCUCCCUCUUACCCCCUCCCCUCCAUACUUCUCCCAAAUGCAUCUGUUGCCUCGAUCGCUUUCCCGUUUCCGAUCCCUCCGCGGCCGGGUGCAGCGGGUCUCCUCUCCCGCUCCACCGUGAGGAUCCCUCCGCCCCGCGACCACCAUGGACCUCAGUAAAAUAGCUGUCAGCAUCAACAAGGCCAUCAACACACAGGAGGUGGCUGUCAAAGAGAAGCAUGCCAGGACCUGCAUCUUGGGCACCCAUCACGAGAAGGGCGGCCACACUUUCUGGGCGGCGAUCAACCGGCUUCCCCUCUCCAGCAACGCGGUGCUCUGCUGGAAGUUCUGCCACGUCUUCCACAAGCUGCUGCGAGACGGACACCCGAACGUGAUAAAGGACUCCAUGAGGAACAAGGCAGACUUAACGGAUAUGAGCAGGAUGUGGGGUCACCUGAGUGAAGGCUACGGGAAGCUGUGCAGCAUCUAUCUCAAGCUGCUCAUCACCAAAAUGGAGUUCCACAUCAAAAACCCUCGUUUCCCUGGCAACCUGCAGAUGUCGAACCGACAGCUGGACGAGGCGGGAGAGAACGACGUUAACAACUUCUUCCAGCUCACCGUGGAGAUGUUUGACUACCUGGAGUGUGAGCUCAACCUCUUCCUGGGGGUAUUCAGCUCCCUGGACAUGUCUCGGUCGGUGUCGGUGACGGCGGCGGGCCAGUGUCGCCUCGCCCCCCUCAUCCAAGUCAUCCUGGACAGCAGCCACCUGUACGACUACACCGUCAAGCUGCUGUUCAAGCUGCACUCCUGCCUCCCGGCGGACACUCUCCAGGGCCACAGAGACCGCUUCCAGGAACAGUUUAAGAAGUUAAAGGGUCUGUUCUAUCGCUCCAGUAACUUGCAGUAUUUCAAAAGGCUGAUUCAGAUCCCACAGUUGCCUGAGAAUCCUCCUAACUUCCUGCGUGCGUCGGCUCUGUCUGAGCACAUCAGCCCCGUGGUCGUGAUCCCGGCAGAGUCGUCGUCCCCGGAGUCAGAGCACAUGGUGGAGACAGACGACCUGGUGGACACAGACGUCCCCGUGCUGCCGGUUGCUUUGGAGACCAAGUUCGACGACCUGUUCGGCACCUCGGCUGCUGUCGACCCGUUCAACUUCAACAGUCAGAACGGCUUGAGGAAGGACGACAAGGAUCGUCUGAUUGAGCAGCUGACCAGGGAGAUCCAGGCCCUCAAAGACGAGCUGGAGUCUUUCCGACUGGAGAGCGGUCGCUUGUGUCAAGCUCUGAGGGGACGCGUCAACGAGCUGGAGGCGGAGCUCGCCGAGCAGAGCCACCUGAGGCUGCAGGCCACGGGGGAGAGCGAGUUCCUGAGGGCGGAGCUGGACGACCUGCGGAGGGUCCGAGAGGACACGGAGAAGGAGCAGCGGAGCCUGACGGAGAUAGAGAAAAAGGCUCAAGCCAAUGAGCAGCGCUACAGCAAACUGAAGGAGAAGUACUCAGAGCUGGUUCAGAGUCACGCCGACCUGCUGAGGAAGAACGCGGAGGUCACCCGGCAGAUGACGGUGGCUCGGGCAGCACAGGACGAAGUGGACGCGGUGCGGAGAGAGAUGCAGGAGAAGGUGAAGGCCGCUCAGGAGGUCGCAGGCCGACAGGAGAGGGAGCAGCUGGAGCAGCUGCAGGAGCUGCAGAGGCAGCUGGUGUCCAGCCGGACCGAGCUGGACUCUCUGAAGACCACCGCUGCCUCGUCACAACAGUCGAGCGAGGUGCUCGGUACCCAGCUGGUCGCCCUGGAGUCCGAGAAGGCGGAGCUGGUGCAGUCCAUGUCCAAGGUGGAGGCGGAGCUGGCUGUCCGUGGGGAGGAGCUACAGCGGGUCCAGAGCUCUUUGGCGACCGAGAGGGAGAGCGGGGUGAAAACGGCCGAAGCCCUGCAGAAUCAGAUCAAUGAGAAGGAGAGCAGGGAGCAGGCCUUGGAGAGCCAGCUGGUUUCGGCUCGCUGGUCCAGCCUGCAGGGAGCGGUGGAGGAGGCGGAGAUGAUCAUCCAGGAUUCGCUGGCUCAGAUAGACGACCCGGCGCACAUCAGCUGCACCAGCUCGGCGGACUACCUAGCAUCCCGAUGUCAGGCCGCUUUAGACUGCAUGGACCGACUCCAUUCUGCCAAAGAGGCCUUCCUCACUGACAACACAGGUGUAUCUGCGCUGGUACGAGUGGUGACACAGUGUGGCCACCUGGUGGGGGACACCAUCGUUCAGGGUAGUGCCACCUCCCACAUGGUGCCCGUGGAGCAAGCUGAUGCGCUGUCGGACAGCGUGAAGGCUUGCGGGGCUGAAGCUCUGGCUCUGCUGGGCCAGAUGAAGCAGCAGAGCAGCAUGUCCGCGGCGGACAGCGGCAAGCUGAGGGCGGCUCUGGAGGCCAUCCUGGCCACGGCAGAGAAGCUGCGCCCUCGGGGUCUGGAGCUGCAGCAGGGGGAGCUGGGAGAUCUAGUGGAGAAGGAAAUGGCUUCCACUUCGGAAGCUGUGGAGUCGGCCGCUGCCAGGAUAGAGGAAAUGCUCAACAAUUCUCGAGCAGUUGAUACUGGAGUCAAGAUGGAAGUCAAUGAGAGGAUUCUGGGUGCCUGCACAGAGCUGAUGCAGGCGAUCAAGCAGCUGGUUCUGUCUUCCAAAAAUCUGCAAAAGGACAUUGUGGAGGGUGGCAGGGGGGCGGCGUCCACGAAGGAAUUUUACGCCAAGAACUCCCGCUGGACCGAAGGCCUGAUCUCUGCCUCCAAAGCAGUGGGAUGGGGCGCCACGGUCAUGGUAGACGCUGCCGAUCUGGUGGUGCAGGGCAAAGGGAAGUUUGAGGAGUUGAUGGUGUGCUCACACGAAAUAGCUGCCAGCACAGCGCAGCUAGUGGCUGCCUCCAAGGUAAAAGCAGACAAGGACAGCGCCAACCUGCAGCGCCUGCAGAAGGCGUCCCGCGGCGUCACACAGGCCACCGCCGCCGUCGUGGCCUCCACCAAGUCGGGGAAGUCCCAGGUUGAAGAAAAAGAUACGAUGGACUUCUCUAGCAUGACUCUCACCCAGAUCAAACGACAGGAGAUGGACGCGCAGGUCCUGGUUCUGGAGCUGGAGACCCGCCUGCAGAAGGAACGCGAGCGCCUCGGCGAGCUGAGGAAGAAGCAUUACGAGCUGGCCGGAGUAGCCGAGGGCUGGGGCGAUCAAGAAGAAGGGUGAGACCCGUCAUCGCUGACCCCCCCCCCGACUCCACCAGAAGACCGGCUCAUAUUUAAACCGUUUCACACUCUUUCUUUCUUGUUUUCUUCUCUCUCUCUCUUUCUUCUUUCUGUUGUCGAAGCCGAAUUAAAAGGUGGUUCUUUUCUAAGCCUGUUUCUCCAACAAUGUCCAAGGCUUCAGCGACAGGAAGAGGAACCAAUGCGUGGGAGGGGGGGCGCAUCUUCAUGGUGUCACACCCCUCCACGUCAUGCCUCUCCACCAGGUGCACGUUGGAAACAGUCUUUUUCGCGCCCGUGUUUUAGUUUUUUUGAUAAUGGCUCUCCGUCGAGGAGACGCAAAAAAAAAGCACAAGCUCUACUCAAGACAUCCCAGAAUGCACUGCACAAGGGCCAACCCCCCUAGCUCCAUUAAACCAGACUGUGCUCGCCCCCUCCCUCCGUUGUCUGCCUGUGACGUAGAUGGCCUGCUCUCCUCUCUUGUGAGGCUGUCUGUCCGUCUUAAUCUUCCUCCCUAGUUUCUUCCUCACUGUGACUUCUCACCUUAUCGAGUCCACACUGGUGCACUGGACUUUCUGCCUUUCACCUCUCUACCAUUAACGACCGUGACUGUUGACUCCAGCCGAUUCCUAAAUUUUUUUUUUCUUUUUUUUAUAUUUCCUCUCAAUCUUUCUUCUAACGGACGCUUGCAUGGAAACUGUUGAAUCGGCUCCAAAAAGCUGCAGUACUUUCAGAAAAGCAAAGUUGCACCGUUUUUCCUCUCAACAGUCUUGUCCCUGUGAGCUUUGAGACUGCCAACUACCUGAUGAAUGCUACAUGGUCAGAGGCAGCGGUGCAUCGUGGGUAGGACUGAUGAAAGAGACAGUUGUUGCUCAAACUCCGGAAGACAUGAGGUCACUUCUUUCAUUUGACUCCUCGCGGCGAGGUUGAUUUUUGAUUUUUCCCUGAAGGAAGGACCAGAAAAUCUGCAGUAGCAACAAACGGAAAAGCCUGAAAAGUUUGAAUGUCGUGACCUUUCUUCAAGAUGCAUGGACGUUUAUUCAUGAGAUGUUGUAUCCGGUGUGUCACAUGAUCCUGCCUCUUCAGAUGCCCUGCAGGACAAUAGCUUCCUGUAUAGCUGUGUAUAUAAACUACAAGCCUUCUUUUGUUGGAAAUAAUAUUUUGCUUUCGUUUAAUCUAAAAGCAUUCAUGAGCAUUACUUUUUUCAAGGGUUCAGUUUAAUUGAAUGAGGACUGGUGCACUCGCGAGCCCCAGCGGACGGACGGACGGAGGGAGGGUGGACGGACUUUAAACUUGUUGUUGACGCUGUGAGGAGACCAAGAGACGAGGAGGCGUCCGUUCGAUGACUCCCUUGGAGUCUCUCUCUCUCUCUCUCUUUCUUAACAUACUUUGUUUUGACGCUCUGCUUCAGCUGUGUAUCUUUUAAAAAAAAGAAAAAGUUGCGACACUGGUUUAUUUAACAGAUGCUGGUCAAAUGGUAUUUGCCAAUCAUUCUUAAAAACUAGUUUUAAACUACUUGCAGGAGCAGAUGGGUGCGUCUAAAAAUUGUUUUAUUGGACAGACUUUGAAAUAUUUUUUGUAAUUAACAGCACCCAUCGUUUGCCCCAAGCAGCUUAAAGAAACUAAGUAUUAAUUGUAUUACUGUUGGGUCCAGGUCUAUCUGUAUUUAAUAAUGAUUUAACCUGCUCUGUCACUUCUUUCACACCCGGGGAGCUGAUUUCAAGAGAAAUUGCAAUGUAAAACAAAAAAAAAGACACAUUUUAUAUUCUAUUUUAAAAUGUCUAGAAAGAUGAAUUGAAUGCACCUUGAGGGUUGUCAGGUUAUGUUUUUUCCCAAAUAUUCUUAAUGAAUCUCUCUGUCUCUGUAUCUGUCUCUCUCUCUGUCCCUUACUGUCUCUCUCUCUGUCCCUUUCUGUCUCUGUCUCUCUCUCUGUCCCUUUCUGUCUCUGUCUCUCUCGUCAGCUCAGCCAGCCUUUCAAACUGCCUCACACUGUAGUCAAAGAGAAACAAAUACUUACAUAGCAACGUUGAAAUAUGUCUUUGUAUGAUAUCUAUACUAAAAACUAUGUUGGUGGGUUUGUUUUUAUUUUUUCAGUUUUUAAAAUAAAUAUUUCAACUCAACAAUA